GUGUGUCCCUGGCGUCCUGCCGUGGGGCCGCGCGAUUUGAGGCAUGGCUUUCCGGCAGGCGCUUCAGCUGGCGGCCUGCGGUCUGGCGGGUGGCUCAGCUGCUGUUCUCUUCUCCGCAGUAGCGGUGGGCAAGCCGCGCGGCGGCGGGGAUGCAGACACGCGCGCAACCGAGCCGUCGACCUGGACAGGAGUCUCGCGUCCCGGGCCCAGCGUCUGGGACUCCAACUGGGACAGGCGAGAGCCACUGUCUCUCAUUAACCUGAAGAAGAGGAAUGUGGAAUCUGGAGAAGAAGAACUGGCAUCCAGGCUGGACCACUACAAGGCAAAGGCUACAAGACACAUAUUCCUCAUCCGGCAUUCCCAGUACCAUGUGGAUGGCUCCUUAGAAAAGGACCGCACUCUGACCCCAUUAGGUCGGGAACAGGCUGAACUUACAGGGCUCCGACUUGCAAGCCUGGGAUUAAAGUUUAAUAAAAUUGUUCAUUCCUCCAUGACCCGUGCUGUAGAGACCACAGACAUUAUCAGUAAACACCUACCAGGUGUUUCCAGAGUCAGCACAGACCUGCUACGGGAAGGUGCCCCUAUUGAACCAGACCCACCUGUCUCUCAUUGGAAACCAGAGGCUGUGCAGUAUUAUGAAGAUGGAGCCCGGAUUGAGGCUGCCUUCAGGAACUACAUCCACCGAGCUGAUGCCAAGCAGGAGGAGGACAGCUAUGAGAUCUUCAUAUGCCACGCCAAUGUCAUCCGCUAUAUAGUCUGCAGAGCACUGCAGUUUCCCCCGGAAGGUUGGCUCCGCCUGUCCCUCAACAACGGCAGCAUCACUCACCUGGUGAUCCGACCCAAUGGUCGUGUUGCACUCAGGACCCUUGGGGACACAGGAUUCAUGCCCCCAGACAAGAUUACCCGGUCCUGAGAUUGCCUGUGGGACUGACUGCACCCUCUCCUCUGCUGAUGGCCUGGCUGCAGCCUUCCCAUCCUUGUUUUCCCUGUCCAGGCUAUGCUGUGGCUUCAUGUUGUCUCCCGGAAGAGGAUAUAUCAAUGACACAUUUGGGUGCUUAUUUCUGGCCCAGGCUGCAGAAAACAACUUAUGGGUUAGAUGGCCUUUCUGAAAGCUUUCUACCUUAUCAUUACCACUAGCACUGCUCUACAAGGUGUAGACAGGAAUCUUCUGGGGCACAGAGCAGACAUUAUGGGGACUGAACUAGCCUGGCUGUGCUGUAUCAGAUGAUUGCAGUAGAUCAACCGAACAACCCAUAAGCUCUGGCAGAAAACCUGCCAGACAGUAUUGUGGUUGUUUUCAACAAUCUAGGAACUUUUGUUGCUUAAAUAUUUAUCAAAUAUUUUCCUUAUAUGGGUUCUUGCUUUGAAAACCCACUUGUCAGCUCAAUUAAGAGAACAGGAUCUAUUGCAUCUGAAUAAAUGAACUUAAGGGCAAAGGGACUGGUUUCCUAUAAGCCAUGAAAGAUGUGGCAUUGCAGAAAGACUGUGUCUGUAUAUGGUAAGUACAUGACGGUCCUUUGGAAAAAAUGAAAUAGCCCAGACUGACCAGAUAAGGUGCCAUAUGCUUGUAAUUCUAGCACUUGGGAAGCCAAGGUAGGAUCAUGAGUUUCUCGCAAGCCUGAGAUAUGUAGAAAGUCUUAAAAACAAAAAUAUCCCAGAGUGACUUAGUUUGCUACUGGUUACUGUAAGCUAUUUAGAAAUGAUGUGUUUACUUCAGAUAUUCUGGUAACUUAGGAAAAAACUGGUUUGUGUGUAUGUGGUUUUUGUUGUUUAUUUUUGUUUUUUUGAGAAAGGCUCUUACUGUUGCCCAGGCUAGCCUCAAACUCGAGACCCUUCUUGGUCUUCUGAAUGUUGGGAAUGUUGCAUUACCAUAUCUGGCCCCCCAAAACCCAAAUACAGUUUCUAUAAAGUGGUUGUGAGCAUUUUAUGUAAUCAAUAGAAUGAAUUGGAAUAUCUGACCCAUCUCUUUGUUCUCUUUGGAAACUAGUAUGUAAUAAAAUUUUACUUCUUUGUUGUU